UGCAAGGUAUUACAAGCUCAAAGGCGAUUCUAAGCAGAACUAAACUCCCCUUUUAGUACAAGACUCCGAGGCGGAUAGAGAACUCUUCACAAAUGGUUGUACAAGUGAAACCCAGCGUCCAGCACAGCAGCAAAACCAUGGAGGGAAGCCAGCAGAAGGUGGACGCAAAUGUGCUGCUCCUGGGAGCCGAGAACGUGGGGAAAUCUGCGCUGACAGUCCGGUUUCUCACUAGACGGUUCAUUGGAGAAUAUGGAGAUAUUGAAUCCAUCUAUAAUCAUAAUGACCGCAUCGACGGGCGUGAGAUUUGCUUCAAUAUCUGGGACUCUCUCUACUCGCAGAACUCCGACACGCAGGGAUGCGUGAGCGACAAGCAGCUUCGCUGGGCGGACGGCUUCAUUCUGGUCUACAGCAUCUGCGACCGGGCGAGCUUCAGCGUGGUCAGCCAGCAAGUGCGGAGAAUCCGGCAGGCGAAGAAGCACGCCGGCGGGUCGGACAAGACCCCCAUAGUCAUCGUCGGGAACAAGCGUGACUUGCAGCACCGAAGGACGGUCUCCAGCGAGGAAGGCAGGCUGCUGGCUCUGUCGGCGGACUGCGGUUUUUUCGAAAUCUCUGCAGCCGAGACUUACCACGGCGUGCUGCUGGUAUUCCACGAACUGCUGGAACUGAUCCGGGAGACUCGAGCGACGAGGAAAGGGAUCAAAGGGAUCGUCAGGAGCAUGUCGGCGGUGUUCGGGAGAAGGAGAAUCGAUUAGAAAUCGACCAAACUAUAAACAAGCCGACAUGAAGGAUACGCUGGUGUCUGGUUCGCAUCUGGAAAGCGCAGGAGUUGGGUGCGUUACAAACUUGUUGACAUUUCCAAAAGUUGUAAGGUUAUAACUUCAAUUCCAAGACUUUCUUUUUGGAGGUUUUCGGGAAUUGUGUAGGCUUCUGUCCCACAAAAUGGAAAGCCAAGCCGGGAGAGUACCUUGCUCAACCAGACUAUUUACGAAUCCAGCGAAGUUUUGUUCAAGUUGAAGACCCCAAAGACUGUCUCCUUGACCCACACAAGAAGCACAAAACGCCUCGAGUGUUGCCAUGGUUAACGUGCUGGGCAAUGCAUUCAUUUACUAUCAGUUUCAGUGUUCCACCGUACCAUGGAGCCCUAUAUCUCAAGAUGUCGCUGUGAUGCAUUUCAAAUGCCACUGUGUUUGUUCUACAUGCAUAUAAGAAGUCUGUCAUAGUGUAUGCCUAUUUUGGUCAUAUCGCUGAAGGGGUGGGGAAUUAUGCUGCUUUAUCCAAAAAUGCAUAUACCAUAAAUAUUUAUAUUGUAUAUAUGUGUACAGAGAAUGUAAAUGUCUGUAUAUAUUUGCUGAU